AUGGCAGCCACGACGGGAGACACAGCGGAGUCAGUUGAUGGAGAUGCGCAGGCCGACCUAAUCCAGACGCAUGCCGAAGAGUGUCUGCGGCGCAUGCUCGGACAGUCAUCGAGUCGGCUAGGGGUGCAGGCUCUGGACGACCUCGGCCUGCCCCAGCGGGACAUCGAUCGAAUGAAAGCGCGAAUGAUGCCCAAGGGUCGCAAGCGCGAGAGGGAGAUCUGGGGAUCCAACAAGAUUACGUCGGCUGGUCGUUCCCUUUGA